AUGGUCCCUACACGACCACCAUCAGCCCGUGCAAGCUCGGGGAUUCUCGGACACUUGGCAUUAUUUGGAGAUGGAACCACUCCCGAGGUCGAGGCUAUACGAAUGAGCGCUCUCGGUUUUGAUUCGCUGCCCGCGAGCGCUCGUUGCUGGGACAGCCCUGCAUCUCGCUUGCUUUCUCCUGAACUCUCGCUCAUUAUACCUCUGUGUGGUCUUGUAAUUCUUCUUGCUAUUAUGUCCUCGUCAAGGAGAUCAGCCGUGCGUUUCGUCGCACUCGCGACAUUCCUUGUGACAGGUGCUGCUGCCGCACCCAAGGUCUUGCCCAAACCUGGUCAGCCAACCAAAUCUGGGAAGCCCGGAACAUUUGAAGUGGUAGGGGACAGCGGUGUCUCUGCGAUGCAACUUUUCUUGGGAACCGACAACCGCGUCUAUAUCGUAGGAAACCCUGAGCAUCCAGCAUGGGCCACCGAAUACGACAUCAAUACCAACACAAUUCGUUCCAUGGACGUCGUCACAAACUCAUUCUGCGCCGGUGGAGGUGUGUUGGGGAACGGCACUUGGCUGAACGCGGAUUUCAGUGUCCGUCCCAAGGCGGAUUUCGAUUGCCGCAUCGACUACCCUAUUCAGUUCCUGGAAUCUGACUUGUGUAUUGGUUUGGUAGCCGUUACUUGGGGUGGACUUACCGCUGCCAGCCAGGACGGUAAGGAUGGUCCGUAUUAUACUGUAGAUGGAGGCAAAGCUAUUCGGUUGCUCGAUCCAUGCGACGACAAGAAAUGUAAUUGGCGAGAGAUGUUCAUGUCAACUCGCCGUUGGUACCCCACCCUUGAAAACCUCGAGGAUGGAAGUUUAAUGAUCAUCGGAGGAAAUCUAUGGGGUGGUUUCGUGAACAGCCAAGGGCAGAACAACCCAACUUAUGAAUUCUUUCCUUCUCGAGGUGAUCCCAUCGGGUUGAACAUCCUUACCACAACACUCCCGGCCAAUCUUUACCCUCUGACCUGGCUCUUGCCCAGCGGCAACUUGUUUAUUCAAUCAAACUGGAAGACUGAGGUAUUCGACUACAAGGCCAACAAGGAGUACUUCUUGGAUGAUAUUCCACAUGCUGUUCGGACAUACCCCGCCAGUGGAGGUACAGUUAUGCUCCCCUUGACUCCGAAGAACAAUUACACCGCUACUAUCAUGUUCUGUGGUGGUUCCGAUCUGCAGCCCGAUCAAUGGACUGAGACUUGGGCUAUCGCCGCGUACCCAGCCGAUUCAUCAUGUGUCAAGAUGUCCCCUGAUGUUUCAGGAGAAUGGGAAAAUGACGACUCGCUCCCUGAAGGCCGAACCCUUGGUAGUAUGAUCUUGCUGCCCACCGGUGAAAUUUUCAUGGUCAAUGGCGCAAACCUUGGCGUCGCGGGGUACGGAAACGUUAGCUGGGCAAUCGGCCAAUCCUACGCAGACCAGCCUAUCUACAGGCCCAUCAUCUACAACCCGGAUGCUCCCGCUGGAUCUCGUUGGUCUCGUGAAGGUUUGAGCGAUAGCACUGUCGCCCGCAUGUACCAUUCCGGUGCGACUAUUCUACCCGACGGUUCUGUUUUCGUGAGUGGGUCGAACCCGAACGCGGAUUACAAUGUUGGUUCCAAUGUCAAGUAUCCGACCGAGUAUCGCGUUGAGCGUUUCUACCCUAUGUAUUAUUCAAAGCGUCGCCCCGAACCUGUUGGUCUUCUUAGUCAACUCUCCUACGGAGGAGGUUAUUUCAAUGUAACGCUUUCUUCGGAAGACCUGAGCGGAGAUGCUUCGAAUAUCGCAAAAGCCAAGGUUGUUAUCAUCCGUCCUGGGUUCUCGACUCACGCUCUGAACAUGGGCCAACGAUACAUCCAACUUGACUCUGCUUAUACCGGAAACGAAGAUAAUUCGGGUGUACUUCAUGUCUCACAGCUUCCGCCUAAUCCUGCAGUCUUCCCUCCCGGCCCAGCACUCAUCUUCGUAGUCGUUGACGGUGUGCCUUCCAUCGGUCAAACGAUUAUGGUCGGCUCGGGUAAGAUCGAGACCCAACCCACUCAAGCUGCGGCAUCACUCCCACAGAGCCAAAUUGCAUCUCAGAACUCACCUGGAGGGAACAGCUCAUCCGGCUCGGGUAACAACAACAGUAAUAGUGCCAUACGAUCAGGCCUCAAUAUCGUUUUACAUGGGGUGUUUGGACUGGCCCUCGCUAUAUCGCUAGCUUAA